GUCGUCGUUGCUCGCUGCGGUAGAGAAAAAAUUCAAUGUGAUACUGCUUGUGCAUAUGCAAAAGAGAGGCGUUGACAAAAGCAAUCACGUUAGAAACCAAUAUAUAAUAAGCUUUUGAUUGAAUGCUUGUUGCUUUUUUAUAUCAACUGACGGUGUCGAUAUACUGACCACUCUCGCUUUCAUUGCGACACUAAAUAAUCUGAUUUGGUUUCGAAUAAACACGCUGAUUAGUUUUCUGUAUAAAAUCACCGUGUUUAUGGUACUGAAAUCAGAACGGAAAAUUAGUCCAAACGGUCAAGUACAAUAAUUCGCUCAGCAGCAAUUAAUCCCUUAAACAAAAUCAAAAAUAUCAAAAUGAAAUUCGUCAUCGCCGCUGUCUGCACUUUGGCUCUCGCCAUGGGUGUUCAAUCCUCAAUUAUUCCCGGUCUGCUGCCCGGUCUUACACAAGUCGCCGGACACGGUCUCUCCUACACCGCCGUCUCUGGACCAUUGGCCGUUCCCGUUGCUGCUCACGCUCCAGCUGCUGUAAUUGCUGCCGCCUCACCACCAUUUGCCUUUGCUACUCGUGCUGCUGCUUAUGCUUCACCUUCUUACGCUACUUAUGCUUCACCCUCUAUCGCUGCUUAUGCUUCACCCUCUGUCGCUGCUUAUGCUUCACCCCCUGCCGCUGUGCAAGUACCUUCUGUCGCAGUGCAAGUACCCUCUGUCGCUGUGCAAGUACCUUCUGUCGCUGUGCAUGCACCCGCUGUUGCGGCGGUAGGUCAUGCUGGUUUAGUAGCCGGUGGUGCUUACGUUGCCAAGACCCGUGGUGCCGUGCAUUCGGCUCCAUUGCCCGGACACAUCUCCUCAGUGGCCAAUCUGAAUGUUGCUCCCGCACCAGGCACUUGGUAAAUUCAGUCAAUCUAGCUACACAUCCAUCUACCUAUCCCCUAUUUCCAUAAUACUACCACUAAUACGACAAGUAAAUGCCGUGUGUAGUGGUGACACGGCUAACUCCAUAAGGACCUGGAUUAAAAUUAUAAAUGUGUGGCCGAGGCGCGCAUUAGUCGAUAAACUCAAGAAGGCGCAAUUUUGUACACACGCAGAAUGCAAUGAACGAGCAACAACAAUAACUAUAUUACUUGAUUUCAACAACAUUCAUCACAACAACAAACGCAACAAUGCAACAAACCCUAAAUUCAUGUGGUUUUUUUCAUCUUCUUCUAAUCUUCAUUCACAUUGCACUUUCACUCACUCACCCCCCUCCUAUUGUAAAUUCCUCUUUUCAUCGAAGCUUACUUCUGCAGAUGCUUGUAAAAAGUAUGGUUGUAAAUGAAUAAAAUGAUUACGACUAAAAAACAAAA